AUGGGCAACUCAGACACGGAGUCUCGCGAUGCGUCACUUGACGGCAGUGCUGGCCAGACCGACAGCUUUGACUAUGGCGAGACCGAGGGCCUGCUGGCGGAGAGUUCGGCCCUCUUGACGAACAUGGAUGGCGACGACAAGAGCUCUCUGCCACCACCGCCUUCAAAAUCGCAGCAGCAGCAGCAGUCCGAGGUGGUUCGAUGGCGCGACCUGCCGCACAAGGGCCAGCUGACGGUGCUGACGUUGGCGCGGCUGAGCGAGCCGUUGGUGCAGACGUCGCUGCAGUCGUACAUGUUCUACCAGCUGCGGUCGUUUGAUCCGUCGCUGCCAGACUCAACCAUUGCCAGCCAGGCAGGCAUCCUGAACGCCAGCUUCACGGCCACACAGUUCCUGACGGCUAUGCUGUGGGGUCAGCUGGCCGACUCACCGCGCUUCGGCCGCAAGCACGUCCUCAUGAUCGGACUCUCCGGGACCAUGCUCUCUUGCCUCGGCUUCGGCUUCUCCCAGUCCUUCUGGCAGGCCCUCUUUUUCCGCUCCCUGGGCGGCGCCACAAACGGCAACAUCGGCGUGUUGCGGACUAUAUACCAGUCGCGAGCGUUCUUGCUGCUGCCCAUGACCUAUAACAUUGGCGUCAUCAUCGGGCCCAUCCUCGGUGGUCUCCUGUGCGAUCCGGCAAACAGUUAUCCGACCCUCUUUGGCGACAAUGCCUUCUUCUUGCGGUUUCCCUAUGCGACGCCGAACCUGCUGAGUGCCUUCCUGCUCUUUGCUGCCACGCUGGCAGUCUGGAUGGGCCUUGGGGAGACACUUGAUUCAUUGCGUGGCAAGCCCGAUUACGGGUUUGCACUGAGGCGCAAGAUCGUCUCGCUCUUCCGACGUGCACCGACCGGCGACAUUUCAUACGUGCAGCUGGCCACAGAGGACGAUGCGGGCGAGUCUGCGGCUCUGCUCCCUGCCGCAUCGACGGCCAAUAGGCCAAGACGAGCGCGGUACACGCAGCGGCUGUCUUUCCGGCGGAUGCUUACCAAGAACGUGACACUGACACUGCUGGCGCAGUGUAUCUUUGGCUUCCACCUGGGCGCGUUCAACUCGCUCUGGUUCAUCUUCCUGUCGACGCCGGUAUACGAUCCGGCCAAGAGGCCGGGACCGGUCGGCGGGCGGUUCUAUUUGCAGCCGCGGGCGCCCUUCUUCUUUUCGGGUGGCAUCGGCCUGCCACCGGCACAAGUCGGCUUGGCCAUGGCGAUCCUGGGCAGCUUCGGGAUCCUGAUGCAGCUGUUUCUUUAUCCGACCGUGUCAGGUCGGCUGGGCACGCUGCGGUCGUGGCGGCUCUUCCUCUGUCUCUUCCCGCUGACGUACUUUCUGGUGCCGUACCUCAGCCUCGUUCCGGGCGCGUCACCGUCGCCACACGCAAAAGACGGCCCGACCAUUUGGCUGGCCAUUGCGGCCGUGCUGCUGCUGCACGUCGUCGCCCGCACGUUUGCGCUACCGGCCCAGACCAUCCUCAUCAACAACUGCACGCCGCACCCGUCCGUGCUGGGGACGCUGCACGGGCUGGCCCAGAGCACAAGCUCGCUGACCAAGACGCUGGGACCGGUUCUGUGUGGCUACCUGUACGGCUUCGGCCUAAACCACGGCAUCGUCGGUGCUGUCUUCUGGGGUCUCAGCCUGGUGGCCGUGUGGGGCUUCACGGCCAGUCUGGCCGUGUAUGAGGGCAACGGACACGAAAUCUGGCUGGAGGGCGACGCGGAGGAGAUGUAG